AGAGUCAAUAUAUGCAGAUUCAUAAAUGAAAAAUGUAAAAUAAUAUUCACUAAUAAUUGAAAGAAUCUAGUGUAACUAAUCCAAUUUUUAAUCCAAACCAUCCUGUUAAUCUUUCGUAUGAGAACUAUUCAAUCCUAUCCUCGAACAAUUAGUCUUCUCUUCUGAUUAUCUCAACAUCUAAUGCUAAAAAAUUAUCUUUUAAAUUUUAUCACAUUAUUUAUUUUAUUCUACCGAAUAAUCUUAUAUAUAUAAUCAUAAUCAUACUAUUAGAAAGUGUGAACCUAAAAUAUUAGUUAUUAUCUUAAACAGAAGACUAGGAAGAUUAAUGGGUGUAAUACAACCUAAAAUUACUUGACUUUAACAAUUUUUUUAACUUGAUUUAGGGUUGGAUUAAUAAUGAUAUAGAAAUAGAAGAAACAUCCAAACAGUCUAUGUAGCAUAUUUGUAUUAUUUAUUUUUAAAUAAAAACUCAUCAAAAUAAAUUAUUAUUUUAAAAAAAUAUUAUUACCAUAUCAUUUUUUAUAUAUAAUUUUUAUUAAAAAACAAUUGGUGGGGACACCGUGUAUUGUGACUAUGGUUAAUUUCAAGAAAAUUAAAGUGAGAUUUGGCAAUUGUUUUAUUAAUUAUUUUAAAAAUCUUUAUAUGUUUAAUAAUUGAUAAAAAUAUAUAUAUUUUUUAUGUUUUCUAAUUUCCUUUUUAGCUCAAAACAAGCAGGCUUUUAAACAAUUUUUGUAGUCAUGCCAAACAGCUCCUAAAACCCAUAUUGGAGUGAGUGGUAUACACGUACAUGAAGUGAGCGUGAGCUCGAAAGUUCGUUGCUCCACCAUGAGAGAGUGCUUUGAGAUUUGAGCACCUCAGCCAACACAUCCAACGCUUCAACAAGAAUUCACAGAGAGAGAGAGAGAGAGAGAGAGCCCUGCUCUCAAGUCUCAAUUGCAUAGUUUGCAUCUGCAGCACUGAGACAUCCAACAGUAGUCAUGAAAAUUGGGGCAUACCACAAUAGAAACCCUAUGAUAUCUGACCCUAACACCGAGGGAUCCGUUCCCCAUUUUGCCUGGAAUUAUCCUGGAAAUAUCUUUUCUGCAACAAAGAUUGGCUUAAAUCCCUUUCAAGCAAGUCCAAUGGAUCCAAAGCCAGAUCUUUUUACUGCUAUUAGCCUCCACUCUUUUGCCCCAAUGACUGAACCGGCAAAGAAUGAUACCGAGUCUGAGACUAAACCAACCAAGGUUAAAAAAAAGAAGUCCGCAGCAAAAAGUUCAGAUCAAAAUGCACCUAAGGUAUCAAGAACCCAAAAGAAAUCUUCUGCUUCAAAAAAGACUAAGAAACAAUUUGAGCCAGGAACGAAGAUUGAGAGGAAGGAUCCUAACAUGGUUUUCAACGAAGCCAGGUUGGAUUUUUCAGUGGUUCCUCCACCGUAUUGUUCUUGUACCGGUGUUGCUAGAAGUUGCUAUAAAUGGGGUACUGGAGGAUGGCAAUCCUCAUGUUGCAACACGAACAUAUCUGAAUAUCCACUCCCCAUGAGUCCCUCAAAGCCUGGGGCUCGCGUGCCUGGGAGGAAAAUGAGCAUUGGUGCAUAUGGGAAACUUCUGUGUAGACUCGCAGCUGAGGGUCUGGACCUUUCUCAUCCGGUUGACCUCAAGGACCAUUGGGCUAGGCACGGUACGAAUAAGUUUGUCACGAUUAAGACAAUUAAGUGAAGAUCUGAAAAGGUCACGGCUAGGUAUAUGUUGGCUUGUUCAUGUAAAUCAUUUGUCUUUCCUCUUAGAUGUAGUUUCUGCUGUAUGUAUAUUUAGGGCACAUGGGAACACCUUUUUGGGAGCAUACUUAUCCCUAAUAGUAGUAUCUUCUCCUUUCUUGCUUUUAAGCUUC